AUGCCAUGGGUGCUGACAAGAUUUGUAGAAAAUAGUCAAAAAUGCUAUAUACCUGAGGCAUCUUUAAUAAUUGAUGAGCAGUUGUUCCCAACUAAAGCUCGGUGUCGCUUUACUCAGUAUAUGCCUAAUAAACCGGACGAGUUUGAAAUCAAAUUCUGGAUUUUAGCUGAUUUAAAAACUAAAUAUUGUCUUAGUAUCAAACCGUAUCUUGGUAAAGAUGAAAACCGUGUAGAAAAUUUGGGUACUCAUGUGGUCAUGUCACUAAUAGAACCAUAUUUAGGCCGCGGGUAUAAUGUUACUACAGAUAACUUUUUUACAAGUGUCGAUCUUGCAACAAAACUUUUGCAAAAGAAAACGUCAAUAGUUGGAACAGUUAAACAUAGUAGAAAAGAAAUUCCAGCAUUUGAUCCACUUCCACUUUACGAUUCAACUUUCUACAUAAAUGGACCAUUGAACUUGAUUGUCUACCAGGCAAAGAAGAAGAAAACUGUAAUUUUAUUAUUAACACUACAUAGAGAGGUAACUGAGCAAAGCGAUGGGAAGAAAAAACCAGAGGCAGUACUUUAUUACAAUGCGAAUAAAUGUGGAGUUGAUAUGUUAGAUUCAAUGUGUCAACAAAUGUCAACAAAAUCUGGGUGCAGACGCUGGCCGUUAGCUGUUUUCUUCAAUAUUUUGGACUUGACCGGUGUAAACGUGCGGAUCAUUUUUAAAAAAGUUACACAACAAAAAAUUUCGAGACGAAGGUUCCUUUACACUUUAUCUGAGCAGUUAAGAGAAGCAAAUAUAAAUCACCGAAAAUCCCAAGUUGCUGCCAACAGUAAUACCACAAUAGCUACCAACAGUAAUACACAGUUACCCACACGAUUGAGAUAUCAGAUAAAAACAGACUGCAAACGUAAUCUGACAUCAACAGUAUGUGCAAGUUGUAACAAACCUGUUUGUGGAAAGUGCAUGUCAAAUAUAUGCAAACAUUGCAAAUAA